GUCGAAAUGUAACGAAGGAGGAAUUGAUGAUGAUGACAAUAUCAGAGAUAUUAGCUGAGUUAUUAGAAGCCGUCAAGGACCAUAGAGACAUUAAUUUAAAUAAAUUGAAAACCUCAAUAUCGCAGAAGUAUGGGUUAUCCUCGCAACCUCGCCUCACAGAUAUAAUUGCAGCUGUUCCACCGCAGCAUAGAGACAUUCUCCUGCCAAAAUUGAAGGCUAAGCCAGUUCGUUCAGCCAGUGGAGUAUGUGAUCGUCAAACUACCUCAUUCUCUAGAUUGUACUGUCCAGGUGGACCCGACUCCGAUUUCGAAUACUCGACACAGUCCUACACUGGUUAUGAGCCUACCUCCAUGCGCGCUAUUCGAGCAAGAUACGAUCCCUACGUUCAAACGCGCCAUCGAAUUGAACAGUUGGAGAAACUUGGUCACUCGUGUGACAAAGUUGAGUUCAUUGUAAUGGGUGGUACGUUUAUGUGCCUUCCCGAGGACUAUCGUGAUUACUUUAUCAGGAACCUUCACGAUGCUCUGUCUGGACAUUCCUCAAAAAGCGUUGCAGAAGCUGUUUAUUAUUCAGAAAGAAGCAAGACUAAGUGUAUUGGAAUAACCAUCGAGACAAGGCCUGAUUAUUGUCUGAAAAAGCACCUUGGAGAGAUGCUGAACUACGGAUGUACUCGUCUCGAAAUCGGAGUUCAAAGCGUUUACGAAGAUGUCGCACGCGAUACAAAUAGAGGUCACACCGUCAAUGCAGUAUGUGAGUCCUUCCAUCUAUCAAAAGACGCUGGGUUCAAGGUCAUCGCUCACAUGAUGCCGGAUCUACCGAACGUUGGAUGGGAGCGCGAUUUGGCACAGUUUUCGGAAUACUUUGAGAAUCCCGCGUUUAGAUCCGACGGUUUGAAGAUCUACCCUACCCUGGUUAUUCGUGGUACUGGAUUGUACGAACUCUGGCGAACUGGUAGAUACAAAAGUUACUCGCCAACCAUGCUCAUCGAUCUGAUUGCCAGAAUACUUGCACUGGUUCCGCCAUGGACCCGUGUCUAUCGCAUUCAGAGGGACAUUCCGAUGCCACUGGUGACAAGCGGCGUUGAGCACGGAAACCUAAGAGAGCUUGCUCUUGCACGGAUGGAUGAGUUAGGAGCAAAGUGCCGUGACGUACGAACCCGAGAGGUGGGAAUUCAGGAGAUUCACAAGCGAGUUCGCCCAUCGCAGGUACUUCACCUCCUCUAG